AUGCAUUUGUUGGGUCACAGUAACGUGGAUUGGUGGGGCAUGCAACAGGCUCGAACGGGUCAAACUGGCUACGUACCGAGGAAUUUUGUCGCCAAACAACAGACGAUCGAGAGUGAGGAAUGGUAUGCUGGGAAGAUUCCGAGAGAUCGUGCUGAACGACUUGUGCUUUCGAAAAAUCUACCCAAAGGUACUUUCUUAAUUCGUGAACGUGAAGCUGAGACAAGGGAAUAUGCAUUGACCAUUCGUGAUUCUGAUGACAGUCGAGGCAUGAUGGAAACGGCUUUUGCUUCCCUCGAUGGACCCACUUUCCACACUCUGCAGGAAUUGGUUCGAUAUUACUCGGAAAUGGCUGGUGGUUUGUGUUGUACAUUGACUUUCCCGGCUCCUCGGAUCCAGCCGACUCGACCCGAUCUCUCACAUAACAGAGAGCAAAAUUGGGAAAUUCCACGAAAUCAGCUGCAGUUCAUGAGGAAAGUCGGCGAGGGAUCCUUUGGAGAGGUAUGGUACGGAAAAUUGCGUGGCGUUGUUGAGGUGGCGAUUAAGAUGAUGAAACCGAGAAUGAUGAGCCCUGGUGCUUUCUUAGAAGAGGCUUCUAUUAUGAAGCGAUGCGUUCACCCGAAUCUCGUCACGUUGUAUGCGGUAUGCACCCGAGAGGAACCUUUUUAUAUCAUCACUGAGUUCAUGAAGAAUGGCUCUUUGCAACAUUAUCUUCGGGGUGUCGAUGGGCGACAACUUGGCAUUGCGGCUCUUGUUGAUAUGGCAGCGCAGAUUGCGAAUGGAAUGAUGUACUUGGAAGAGAGAAAGCUUGUGCAUCGUGAUCUUGCCGCUCGAAAUGUGCUCGUUGGAGAGAAGAUUUCUGGCGUUCCCGUCGUGAAGGUAGCUGAUUUUGGUUUGGCAAGAAAGCUAAUGGAAGAAGGCAUCUAUGAGGCGAGUACGGGGUCGAAAUUCCCAAUCAAGUGGACAGCUCCUGAGGCGGCCACAUGCGGUAACUUUACGGUGAAAAGCGAUGUUUGGUCAUAUGGGAUUCUGAUCUAUGAGAUCAUGACUCGAGGACAAGAACCAUACCCUGGCAUGCACAACCAACAAGCGAUGGAACAAGUCCAGCGCGGCUACCGGAUGCCUUUACCACGUGGUUGCCCGGAGAAUAUCUACACUGAGUUGAUGCUGAAAUGUUGGGAGAAAAACCCCGAGAGGCGGCCAACCUUUGAGUAUCUCUAUCGCUACUGCAGGACUACGUCUCAUCGCAACCCAACUACGUGCCACCAAGUGUCUACACUUCGCUUC